UUUUUAUCACACCACCACCACCGCCGCCGCCAUAUAACACAUACAAACAGCACAGAACUUUUUACGGUUGUAAGAGGAAAGAAAAUGGCGGACAGCUACGUGAAGGUACUGGGAACAUGGGCAAGUCCAUUCGUGAUGAGGGUAACAGUCGCCCUUCACCUCAAAUCAGUCGACUACGAGUAUAUAGAGGAAAAUUUGCUGGAAUCCAAAAGCGAUCUUCUUCUCAAAUCAAACCCUGUUCACAAGAAAGUUCCGGUCUUUAUCCAUGGCGAUAAGCCCGUAUGUGAGUCUCUAAUCAUCGUUCAGUACAUCGACGAGGUCUGGUCGUCAUCUUCUUCACCUUCCAUUCUCCAUUCCGAUCCUUACGAACGUGCCGAUUCUCGAUUCUGGGCUGCCUAUGUCGACGACAAGUUUUUUCCGGCCCUGAGAAGGGUUUUGUUUAGUACAACGGAGGAAGCUGCGAAGGAGGCGACGGCGGAGGUUUUAGAAGGGGUGGUGGUGUUGGAGGAAGCCUUUAAGAAGUUGAGCAAGGGGAAAGCUUUCUUCGGCGGGGAUAACCUGGGGUACGUGGACCUUGCGGUGGGUUGUUUGUUGGCUUGGAUUAAAGUUAUCGAGGAACUUACGGAGGCCAAGGUGUUGUCCGAAGCCAAAACUCCGAGCUUGGUGGCGUGGGCAGAUUGCUUCUCCUCCCAUGCGGCGGUGAAGGAUGUUUUCCCCGACGUUGAUAAGCUUGCUGAUUUUGGGAUGAAGUUUAAAGCCAAGGCCUUGAAUGCUGCGGCGGCGGCAACCAUCGAUUGAUUUUUCAGUUGAUUAAAGUGUUU